AUGCCUCAAAUGAUCCUCCUAUCCCUCCUAUCCUUACACUUCGUCCUCCCCUCCUUGGCGACUCCUUCAUCUGACCCCAACCUCUCACCUCGCGACACCUACGAAUGGCCCGGCAUCAUUCCCCCAGUCAAACUCAUGGGCAAAGCCUACCAAGGCACCAUCACAGGUUACGGCAAAGGAGGCUGCAACGACCCCACCAAAAUCGGCAAAUGCGGCUUCCUAGGUUCUGGCACCUCCCCUCAAGCUGCCUUCUCCGCCGGCUUCAACGAGCCCCCCGAGCCCGGCGUGUGCGGUAGUUGCUGGAUUCUCACGGCCCCCAAGAAACUCUGCUACGACACGAAGCCGCCGCACAUCUGCCCAGGUCCGGAUGAUGUUGACACCCGCUCUCAAUCCGGUUUGAUUGUGUUGGUGACAAAUACGUGUGCGCCAGACACGAACCCGGAUGAUGGGAACACCAUUAGACAGUGUAAUCAGGAGAACGGGUCAAAAGAUGGAUUGGGGAGCGAUACGGUUGUGGAUCUGUGUAUGGACACGGAUGCGGCGCAGGCGUGGUGGAACUCGACGACCAAUGCUGGGCUCAACGUUGCGACGGUGCAGCAGGUCGACUGUAGUAGUUGGCCUGGGCAGAUGGGACCGCAGGCGAGUUGGUUGAAUGGUGGGUAUAAGGGUUGUCCGGGAUGCGUUGCGCCAGCUCAGAACAGUAGGGUUCAGGCGGUACCGCAGUCUGUGCAAGCGCCGGUGCUGGCGAUGAAUAAUGGUGACGAAGUGAUUGUGGAAGAUGAGGAGGCAACAUCUUGA